AUGGAGUUCUCUUCAAAUUUUAUAGCCAUUCUAGGAGUUGUAGCUCUACUCCUACUUUAUAACCAAUGGAGGGCAAAAAAAUAUAGCAGCAAGGGGCGCUCUUUACCCCCACAAGUGCCUGGUGCCCUACCAAUUAUAGGUCACCUUCAUCAGCUUGGUGCCCGGAAACCAUUUGCCCGAAUAUUAGGUGACAUAGCUGAUAAAAAUGGCCCUAUCUUCUCCAUCAUGAUGGGGAUGCGCCGCACAGUGGUGAUCAGCAAUCAACAUAUAAUGAAAGAGUUCUACACCACAAAAGACAAGUUCUUAUCAUCACGCCCACUAUCAAGCCAAUCAAAGUACCUAGCCUACAACCAUGCAUCCUUUGGUUUCACGCCUUACACUUCCUAUUGGCGCGAUGUACGUAAACUCACCAUCGUGGAGGUCCUCACCCCCCAGAGGCUCAAGUUGCUCCAGGAUGUUCUUCGAACAUCUGAAGUAAGUCAUGUGGUCAUGGCUUUAUUCAAGCAGUUCAAGGAAAAUAAGGACAAGCCAAUCAAGGUUGACAUGAGUGAAUUGUUUGAACAUUUGGUGCUGAAUAUAAUUACAAGAACGGUGGCCGGGAAGCGAUACUUCGAAGGUGACAAUAAUGGACAUGAUGAAAAGGGACGUCCUAUUGGAAAAGUCAUGAGAGAUUUCAUGUACUUUGCUGGUGCUUUUGUUCCUUCGGACAUGUUUCCAUUUCUAGGAUGGACUGAGUUUUUGGGGCCUGUGAAAUCUAUGAAAAAGAUCCUGAAAGAAAUGGAUUCCAUCAUUGAAGCUUGGGUUCGAGAACAUGAGUUGAAAAGGCUCAAUGGUGAGGUGGAGACCAACCAUGAUUUCAUAGAUGUUUUGCUCACUGCAAUGAAGGACGACGCCAUCUACGGCAAUUCUCGUGAAACAGUUAUUAAAGCAACAAUAUUGACUCUUAUUGUUGGUGGCUCCGAUACAACAAUUCUCACCAUGACAUGGAUGUUGGCCAAUCUGUUGAAUAACAGGCGAGAAUUGCAGCUUGCUCAAGAGGAAAUAGAUCAGAAAAUUGGGAGAGACAGACCCGUCGAAGAAUCCGACGUCGAAAACUUAGUGUACCUCAAAGCAAUCAUGAAAGAAACACUAAGAUUAUACCCAGCAGGGCCCCUGGCAUUUCCUCGCGAGGCAAUGGAAGACUGCACCCUUUUCGGAUACCACAUUCCAAAGGGUACUCGUCUUUUGACGAACUUGUGGAAAUUGCAUCACGAUGGGAAUGUAUGGCCAAAUCCUGAUGAGUUUAAGCCAGACAGAUUUCUGACAACCCACGCAGACGUUGAUGUUCUGGGUCAGAAUUUCGAGCUCGUACCAUUUGGUUCUGGAAGAAGGUCGUGUCCGGGCCUUAACUUUGCUAUGCAGGUGAUACAACUGGGAAUGGCGAGGCUGCUUCAGGGAUUUAACUUCACAACACCAAACAAUGAGCCUGUGGAUAUGACUGAGAGCUUAACCUUAACCUUAGCUAAGGAAACUCCUCUGGAAGUUAUAGUCACCCCGCGGCUCGCUCCUGAGUUUUAUCAAUAUUAA